UGCUAGCAGCUAAAAUAUACGAUCGGAACAUUUGUCAAAUUGUGUGUGUAAAAAAAGAGAAAAUAAAGUUUUAAUGUAAUGGACGUUAUAUUUUUGGACGCUGAAGCUGAACUCAGUUUUCUAUUUUAAUAUAUUUUGGAGGUUUUGAUCCGUGAAGCUCUUUAGAGCUGAUUCACACAUCAAUGAAACCACACUUCCGAACAGUAGACAGUUAUGUUGUCCAUAUAAUAUCUAUUUUUUUAAUUAUAGCUUUUAUUUUUAUACCGUUUGCAUUGAUUUUGUAAAUCUACCUUCGAACUUAUUAGAUUUUUGGGUCAAAAUCUUUCACUCAACAUAUCUAGUCUGGGUUCUGCUAUAUGGGAAUUGAAUCACUGAGGUUAUACCAGAAUUCAUACUGAACUGAGCGCAUUCAACGUUAUGGUGGUUUAAUUAACGUUUACCUUUCUUAAAUUGACAGCUUUGUUACAACAGCUGACUGCCAACCAAUGGAUGCAAAGAACAGUCGCUAUUUAUUGACCAAAUUCCUGGGUUGAAUCAAAGACUUGACUUUCAGCCAAUAGUAACCUAUUAGUCUAUUAAUAGUGAAUAGUAAACAUGUAUCUAUAUAAAUUCUAAACUGGGAUUAAAUUCUAAAUAAUAUUAAUGCCAGGCGUAAAGAGUUGUUUUCAGAACUUUUUCGCUGAGUGGCAAGUCUUCCAUAAAUUACAAAAAAGUUAAAUAAAAAAAAACUAUUGACCACAACUUAGUGCUAUGAUCUCUACUCUAUACAGUAUUAUGGUCUCUUCGAAGAACGGAGAACCCAAAAUUAACAAAACCCACACUGCCACCAAAGCUAUUUCAUCUAUAACCCUCACUCUGUUCAAGUGUUGUAAUAAUUUCAUUGUUUCAGCACGACCUUAUUUUGCAACGCUAAGAGGAGACACCAUAAUUCAACUUUGAACUGUGACCACAUCUCCUUAUAAUGAGCCAGAAAGCUGGACCAAGGCCCAGUCGAGAUUUCAAGAAUGUAGCGACAACCCAAGAGGAAGAAGAUGCCUAUGACUUUCUUAAGCACAGGACUCAUGUCAAACUUACCAGCGUAUUUGGCUCCGUGGCCCAUAUUGUUAAGGGUGCUUUGGGAGGCGGAAUCCUUAGCGGUCACGUGGCGUACAUGAAAGCUGGAGUAGGCGUCGCGGUACCACUCAAUGUCAUUUUUGGUGCUUACAUGGCGUACUGUCUACAUCUACUAGUAUGGUCAUCCCAAGUACUUUACAAACGGACAAGAAUACCGAGUAUGUCAUAUUCGGAUGUGGGUGAAGCAGCAAUGAUGUGCAGUAGAUUUCCAACUCUUAAGAAAGUAGCCAGGUUUUUCAGGUAUACGAUAGACGGAAUUAUAUGUCUAGAUCUGUUUGGUUCAUGUUGUUGCUAUCUGAUUAUAAUAUCGAAACAACUUAAGCAGCUCGUCGAAGAUACCCAUGCCUCUUCUUUUGAAGGGUCUUUCCCAGGGUACCCGGGCCUAAGAGUAUACAUGGGUUGUAUGAUUCCGCUGAUUGUCGUCAUUUGUAUGAUUAGGCAUUUGAAAUAUUUGGCUCCUUUUUCAAUUGGGGCGAACAUUGUCAUCGUAUUCUGUAUUAUGCUGGCCGUCUACUAUGCUUUUGAUUACAACCCUGCUUUCGAAAACAUGACAUUGGCAACGACAGCGUAUAACACAUUCGAGUUUAUC